ACGUACUGUCCUCCGCCCCAACCCCCAACUCCAAAUUUACCUAUUUUCACAUUAAAAUUUAUUUCUAUAGAAGUCAAGUGAUCCAUAUAUUUGAAUUUAUCCACGUGUAAAAUUUGGAGCCGAUGGUGGCGUCCGAACGAACAAGUCAGACAGGAACAGAACCCGAUACCGCACGCCUAUAAACGUAGGCUGAUACAAGAGCUAGCGUCUAGAGGGAGAGACGGGGUGAGAGAGGAGUGAGAGUGUGAGAUAGUGGUCUCUCAGAUGGCGGUGGAGAGAGACAUCGACGAUCUGCCGAAGAACGCCGCCAACUACACGGCUCUGACGCCGUUGUCGUUUCUGGAGAGAGCGGCUCUGGUCUAUCCUAAUCGCAAAUCGGUGGUCCAUGGAUCGCUGAACUACACCUGGCUCCAGACCUACCGACGCUGCCGUCAACUGGCCUCCGCCCUUUCCUGCCGCUCCGUCGGCUUCGGUAGCACGGUGGCAGUAAUAGCACCAAAUGUCCCUGCUAGCUAUGAAGCUCAUUUUGGAGUCCCAAUGGCUGGAGCGGUUAUAAAUCCUGUCAACAUCCGGCUAAAUGCACAAACUGUAGCAUUUCUUUUAGAACACUCGUUGUCGGCUGUUGUCAUGGUUGAUCAAGAAUUUUUUCCGUUGGCAGAGCAAGCUUUGAAAAUUUGGCAAGAGAAAAGCAAAGGUAGUUUUAAGCCACCAAUUCUGGUUGUCAUAGGUGAUGAAAACUGUGAUCCGAAGUGGCUCAAAUAUGCUUUAAGCAGAGGGGCAAUCGAAUAUGAGAAGUUCCUUCAGACUGGUGACCCUGAGUUUGCAUGGAAACCACCAGAAGAUGAAUGGCACAGUAUUUCUUUGGGAUAUACUUCUGGUACAACAGCCAGCCCUAAAGGGGUGGUUUUACAUCAUCGAGGAGCAUAUGUCAUGUCUUUGAGUUCUGCUCUAAUAUGGGGGAUGACUGAGGGACCUGUCUACCUAUGGACUCUCCCCAUGUUCCAUUGCAAUGGCUGGUGUUUCACAUGGACACUUGCAGCUCUUUGUGGGACAAGCAUAUGCCUUCGACAGGUCACAGCAAAGGCAGUUUAUUUAGCCAUAGCACAACAAGGGGUGACCCAUUUCUGUGCUGCACCUGUCGUGCUCAAUACAAUAGUAAAUGCUCCACGAAAUGAGACCAUCCUUCCUCUGCCUCGUGUAGUCCAUGUAAUGACAGCCGGUGCUGCCCCACCCCCUUCCGUUCUGUCUGCGAUGUCUCAAAAUGGUUUCCGUGUUACCCAUACUUACGGCCUCUCAGAAACCUAUGGCCCCUCCACUGUGUGUGUGUGGAAGCCUGAGUGGGAUGCACUCCCCCUGGAAGCUCAAGCCCGCCUCAAUGCCCGCCAGGGUGUCCGAUACAUUGCCUUGGAGAACCUUGAUGUGGUCAAUACCAAAACUAUGAUGCCUGUACCAGCUGAUGGAACCACGGUUGGGGAGAUAGUGAUGCGGGGUAAUGCUGUAAUGAAGGGCUACUUGAAGAAUCCUAAAGCAAAUGCCGAGACUUUUGCAAAUGGCUGGUUUCACUCUGGGGACCUGGCUGUGAAGCAUGAAGAUGGUUAUAUAGAAAUCAAAGACAGAUCAAAGGAUAUCAUAAUAUCUGGUGGUGAAAACAUCAGCAGUGUGGAGAUAGAAAACACACUAUAUCUACACCCGGCAAUUUUGGAGGCAUCGGUUGUGGCAAGGCCAGAUGAGAGAUGGGGAGAAUCACCUUGCGCCUUUGUGACACUAAAGCCAGGCUUUGAUAAACAAGAUGAAGAGGGGAUGGCAGAAGACAUAAUAACGUUUUGCCGCACAAAGAUGCCUGCAUAUUGGGUUCCAAAAUCAGUAAUAUUUGGACCAUUGCCAAAAACAGCUACUGGUAAGGUACAGAAGCACCUACUGAGGGCCAAGGCAAAGGAGCUGGCACCUGUAAUGAGGAGCCGGUUAUGAAAAUAAUGUCCAGCACAUCAUAAGAUGUGGCAUUCUGGUGGUGCUACUGCUUGGACCUUUGUCAAAGAUGGCUGCAGGAGGUUAGAAAAGCAUUUGGCGACGACCAAGGCAAAGGAGACGGGACCUGUGGAGUACAAGUAGCAGCAUGUGACUAAUAAAAGUUAGCUUCUUAUGGUGCUGUUCAUUUCCCUUUCAUCAAUUUUCUUUACAGUUAUAUACCGGACUUUAUGUUGUUGGACAAAAUGGGUUUGGUUAAUCUAUUUGUUAAUUUAGCUCGCC